UUUGACGAAACAUCCCUCAUGUCCAGAAAAAUGCAUGCGCGAUGGAACGAUUUCGAUAAACAACAAAUGGCAAAUACGAUGACAAACAACAAAUCCUCAAACGUGGACGUAUACGACGUGACAAAUCUCGACAUGCCGUGUAAUAAUAAGUCGAUAAACAGCGAUUUAUACCAAGCGGUGUUCCCAAUCUAUCACAUCAGCAAAUUGACCGGUGUAUUUCCAACGAGAUUUGUCCGACAGGGGUCUGGCAGGUAUCAAGGGCGAUUGAGCGUCAUCGAUAGCAUUUACAGUCUGCUCCUAUUGGCAAUCCUGAUAGGCACCGAGAUCUGGGGUUUCUGGCGCGAUCUCAGAUGUGGAUGGGAAAACAGCACCCGACUUAAGUCAAAGAGUAACAUCAUUACCACGUCGAUCGACAUAUUGGGUGUAAUGAGUCUCACAGCCGUCUCCAUCAUCGGUUCGAUCCUGUGCUGGCAACACGUGCAGACUGUCAUCGAUAAGCUGGUUGAGUGCGACGAGAAGAUAGGAAUCUUCUCGCCGAAAAAGCUGCAAAGAGUCACCAUCAUCCUAACGUUGGUCAGCCUCUCCUUUACCAUCUUUCUUUCCUGUCUCGAUAUCUACUCAUGGAGGUACCAAAUGAAGUUGAAUAAAAAACCGGACGACACGGGUCCAUUCAAUUAUCUUCCCCUGUACUUUAUGUACAUCGUCAUCAUUAUGAUGGAGGUCCAGUUUGCCCUUAUCGUGUACAACGUGGGCCAGCGGUUCUUCAGGAUCAACAAGAGCCUCGAAAACAUCCUAAAAAGUAGCAAGAUUACGCAUCAAUUCAGGAAGGAUCUUGGAUUAGCCGGUGACAUACAAGAUCGAGGACAUCUAAUUACAUAUAUCCAACAAGAAAUGAUGGGAAAUACUAGACUGUUUCGUAAAUCGAAGAUCAUGGAUUUUACUGCCGCAAAUGAUAAUAGAAGUUUCACGAACAGAAUAUCCCGACUGUUGGCAGUACACUCAUCUUUAUGUGACACAAUUUUGCUUAUAAAUAGCGCUUAUGGCGUCAUUAUACUUGUAAUUACGAUUACCUGCGUAAUACAUCUAGUCAUAACGCCGUCCUUUUUGAUAAUAGAAGCUUUUGAUAACAGAAGGCGCAAACCUUUAUUUUCCGCGGUGGAAGGACUCUGGUUUAUCUUUCACACUUGGAAGCUGCUCGUGGUGGUGCAGCCCACAUAUGCCACUACAAUGCAGGGAAAGAAAACAGCGAUAUUGAUAAGUCAAUUGAUGUCCGCGAGUUAUGACAGGGAACGCACGAAACAAUUAGAAAUUUUUUCGCUUCAGCUUCUGCACCGCCCGUUAGAAUUCUCAGCGUGCGGACUCUUCACCCUGAAUCGUACUCUCGUGACUUCGAUUGCUGGCGCAGUCACAACGUAUCUCGUAAUACUGAUGCAGUUUAAACAAGCCGACGACACAAAGGGCAGUUUCGAUAACAUCUUGAAGAAUGCUACGCAAAUGCUGAAGAACGCGACAACGCUUCACAAUAUUACAGCGGGAAGAUUAGAUCUAUAAAUUAGGACUGUGCUUCUUUUCCACUAAUUUCUAUUUUUUUUUUUUAUGUUUUCGAAUCUAUA